UCGUUUUUUUAAACGUGAAAUUAAUCUCCCGCCACAACCUAAAAAUGGUUCUACAGAACAGUGGGAAAUAUAAAUCAGAUAAAUAUUAUAAAUCAGACAGAGACAAUGGCGAAGGAGGUCAAGAAUCGGACAAAAGAUUACUGAGAUCCCAACAGAAUGAUUCUCUUGACAAGAAAUUUGGAUAUGAACGCUACAAAGAUCCUAAAGAACGUGUUGGAUGGCUUAUCAACAUGCACCCUGCUGAUAUCUUGGAUGAGAAUAAACAGUUGAUAAGUGCUGUUGACUAUUACUUCUUAGAAGAUGAUGGGGGUAGAUUUAAGGCCACCCUUCCGUUCAGACCUUACUUCUUUGUGGCUGCUAGAGGUAAUUGUGGGAGAGAAGUCUCAUCCUAUCUGACCAAAAAAUUUGUUGGCAAAAUAGCCACAGUAGAAACAGUCAAGAAAGAGGAUCUAGACUUGCCAAAUCAUUUAGUUGGUUUAAAGAGAACUUAUCUAAAGUUGUCAUUUGUAUCAACUGAAGAAUUGAUGAAAGUAAAGAGAGAAAUCCAGCCAGCUGUCAGAAAAAAUAAAGAAAGGGAAAAAUCAAGUGAAGUCUACACAGCCAUGUUAUCAAGUUUCUUGAUUGGUGAUGAAGAUGAAGAGGCCAAAAAAGUUACGGACCAAAUGGACAAUAUUAUAGAUAUCAGAGAAUAUGAUGUUCCAUACCAUACCAGAGUAUCUAUAGACUUGAAGAUAUUUGUUGGACACUGGUAUUCUAUUAGAGGACGUGGCCAUCAAGCCCCAGAUAUAAAACUAAGAGAAGAUAUCAUGCAUAGACCUGAUCCUAUAGUAUUUGCAUAUGACAUAGAGACAACCAAACUACCAUUAAAGUUUCCAGAUGUUCAAACAGACCAAGUUAUGAUGAUAUCUUAUAUGAUAGAUGGUCAGGGGUACCUGAUAACCAACAGAGAAAUUGUGUCGCAGGAUGUGGAGGACUUUGAGUACACACCACGACCAGAAUUUGAAGGCCCAUUUAUUAUAUUUAAUGAAGCAGAUGAGGUGGCACUUCUGAGAAGAUUUUUUGACCAUAUUAUUGAAGUAAAGCCAAAUAUAUUUGUCACAUAUAACGGAGAUUUCUUUGAUUGGCCAUUUGUAGAGGGUCGAGCAGCCAUGCAUGACAUUGAUAUGUUCCAGGAGAUAGGUUAUCAGAAGGAUACUCAAGGAGAGUAUAAAUCUAGACCAUCAAGUCACAUGGACUGCUUCAAGUGGGUAAAGAGAGACAGUUAUUUACCAGUAGGAAGUCAAAAUCUAAAAGCAGUGGCCAAGGCUAAGCUUAGAUAUGACCCUGUUGAAUUGGAUCCAGAAGAAAUGUGUAGAAUGGCUAGUGAAGAACCUCAGGUGUUAUCUAAUUACUCUGUGUCAGAUGCUGUUGCCACCUACUACCUAUAUAUGAAAUAUGUUCAUCCAUUUAUAUUUGCCUUAUGUACCAUCAUCCCUAUGGAACCAGAUGAGGUUUUAAGAAAAGGGUCAGGAACUUUGUGUGAAGCUUUAUUAAUGGUACAAGCUUACCAUGCCAACAUUAUCUACCCAAACAAACAAGAACAGGUGUGGAACAAAUUGACAGAGGAUGGACAUGUGUUAGACUCAGAGACUUAUGUUGGAGGUCAUGUGGAAGCCUUAGAAUCAGGAGUAUUUAGAGCUGAUAUUCCUUGUAGAUUUAGAAUGGUUCCUGAAGCUUUCCAGAAUCUUAUAGACAAAGUGGAAAAUACUAUGAAGCAUGCUAUUGAGGUGGAGGAAAAUAUCCCUAUGGAAUAUGUUACAAACUUUGAUGAAGUGUGUGCUGAUAUUGUAGAACGACUGUCAAUGUUAAGAGACUGUCCUAACAGGCUGGAGAACCCUAUUAUUUACCAUCUUGAUGUUGGGGCUAUGUAUCCUAAUAUUAUUCUGACCAAUCGACUACAGCCUCCAGCCAUUGUUGAUGAAGCAACUUGUGCAGCAUGUGAUUUCAAUAAGCCAGGAGCCAAGUGUCAAAGAAAGAUGCCGUGGAUGUGGAGAGGGGAGUGUAUGCCAGCUUCUAGAAGUGAGUUUAACAGAAUUCAGCAGCAGUUAGAAAAUGAGAAAUUUCCCUCUCAGAUGCCUGGUGGAGAUCCUAGACCAUUCCAUAAACUUACUAAAGAAGAACAAGCUACUAUAGAGAAAAAAAGACUGGCAGAGUACUGUAGAAAAGCUUACAAGAAAAUACAUAGUACAAGGAUGGAGGAAAGAACGGCCACCAUUUGUCAGAAGGAGAAUUCAUUUUACGUUGACACGGUCAGAGCCUUCAGAGACAGACGUUAUGAAUUUAAAGGGUUGACCAAAGUCUGGAAAAAUAAGUUGUCCGAAGCAGAGAAGUCAGGUGAUGCUGCUGAGAUUAAGAGAGCAAAUGGCAUGGUGGUGUUAUAUGACUCGUUACAGCUAGCUCACAAAUGUAUCCUGAAUUCAUUUUAUGGUUAUGUGAUGAGAAAAGGUGCUAGGUGGUACAGCAUGGAGAUGGCUGGGAUUGUGUGUUAUACUGGAGCUAACAUCAUUACACAUGCCAGAGAAAUUGUGGAACAGAUAGGGAGACCUCUGGAACUGGACACUGAUGGUAUAUGGUGUGUCCUUCCUGCUACCUUUCCUGAAAAUUAUGUUGUCAAGUCAACACAUCCUAAAAAGUCCAAGGUCACAGUGUCAUAUCCAGGUGCUAUGCUGAAUGUCAUGGUUAAGGAUUAUUUCACUAAUGAUCAAUACCAUGAGCUCUUGGAUGCCUCAUCUUUGAACUACACCAUCAGAGAUGAGAAUUCUAUAUUCUUUGAAGUGGAUGGACCAUACCAGGCCAUGAUAUUACCAGCUUCAAAAGAGGAAGGAAAGAAGUUAAAGAAAAGAUAUGCUGUGUUUAACUUUGAUGGAUCUUUGGCUGAAUUAAAGGGAUUUGAAAUUAAAAGAAAUGGUGAGUUGCAAUUAAUCAAGAUAUUCCAGUCUUCGGUAUUUGAGGCCUUUCUAAAGGGUGAUUCACUAGAGACAUGUUAUGCUGCAGUUGCCAGAGUAGCUGACUAUUGGUUAGAUGUUCUAUAUAGCCAGGCAGCUAACAUGCCAGAUUCAGAACUGUUUGAGCUAAUCGCUGAGAAUCGUAGAAUGUCCAGAAGUCUAGAGGAUUAUGGGAGUCAGAAAUCAACCUCAAUCAGCACAGCUAAGAGGUUGGCUGAGUUUUUAGGAGAUCAGAUGGUGAAAGAUGCUGGAUUAAGUUGUCGUUAUGUCAUAUCGAGAAAGCCAGAUGGAGCACCUGUUACAGAAAGGGCUAUCCCAUUGGCUAUAUUCCAAGCAGAACCAGGGGUUAAGAGACAUUUCCUCCGCAAGUGGUUAAAGACGCAUGAUCUAGGAGAAAUAGAUAUCAGAGAUAUAUUAGACUGGGAUUAUUACCUUGAGAGGUUGGGUGGUACUAUACAGAAAAUUAUCACCAUUCCUGCAGCUUUACAACAGGUAUCUAAUCCUGUUCCAAGAGUGAGACAUCCUGAUUGGCUGCACAAGAAAAUGUUAGAAAGAAAUGAUGUAUUUAAACAGAAGAAAAUCAGUGAAAUAUUUGCUCCAGCUCAGAAAAAAAUGUUGCAGCACCAGCCGUCCUCCCAGAAAGAUUUGUUUGCAGACGAUAGUGAACAAACAAAUGGUGUAGCAGAUAUGGAAGAUUUUGGCGGGAAAAAGCAGACAUUGAAUGGAAUGGCUCUAUCACAUAAACGUAAACGAAGUAUGGAGAACAGUGAACAAAGUCAGAAUGACACACAGUCCGGUCAGACAUGGAAAGAAAUCUUAGGGCCUGUUCCACCAAUGGGCAAUACCAAGGAUGACAGAAAGGUUUGGUUGGAAUAUCACAAGAAAAAAUGGCAGCUGCAGGCCAAGGAUAAACAAAAUAGAAAGAAAAGAAGGAUUGACUUUGGGGAUGUACCCAUGGGUGUGGCUACCUCUACUAGGACUGGUCUUGGGGGAUUUUUAAGGAGGACAGCAAGAAGUAUUAUGGACCUCCCUUGGCAGAUAGUUCAGCUGAUGGAGACAGGUCACCCAGGACAGUACAAGUUAUGGGCCUUGAUUGGUAAUGACUUACAUGCUAUGAAGCUGAAUAUACCCAGAAUAUUUUAUGUGAACCAGAAAUCUCCAAAGGAAGGUGAAGGAGCAUUAUGGAAGAAAGUGAUGAAGACCUUACCUAGAUCCCAUCCUGUGAUGAAUUUAUACCAAUAUGCUGUUCCAGAGGCAGAUUAUCUAGAACAUAUCAAUGAAAUAAGUGCAGAUUUAUCUUCUCCUGAUAUAGAGGGAGUAUAUGAAACACAAGUGCCUUUAUUGUUUAGAGCUCUUGUCAGAUUAGGUUGUGUUGUCACAGUCAACAGAGAUUUUGCAAGAUAUAUGUCUGGACGGGAAACUGAUACAUUUGACAUGGAGAACUUAGACUUUAGAACUAUGGCACAGUUCUCAUACAUACAGCCAGGAUCUAUGAAACAUCUGUAUUUAUAUCAUCAUGUUUGUGGAAGUAAAAUGAUCUUUGGAUUGUUCUCACCAAUGUCCAAGAAAUGUAACAUGUUUGUUGUGGACACUGUCCGUAGUGACCAACUGCCCAACCUGCCAGCCUUGUAUAAUGCUGAAAGAAACUCCAGAGUAACUGAAGGAAGAGAUGAGGAAACUCUACCGCAGGCUCAUCAUACCUUUGAUGCUAAGUUAGAGAAAGAUGUCAGAAAUGUGUACAGAGCCAUACAGAGAACAUUAUCAUCAUAUAAAGAUGAAAAACGGGGACCAACAUUCAUAGCUGUACAAUCUCCACAAGAUUUCCAACACUUAACAUCAGCCAUGCCUGGACUGCUAGAUUUCCCAUUGGUACCUGUACAUGUUACUGACAGGGAGGAUCUAUAUAAUGUUUUGGAUUGGCAGAGGAAGGGCUGUAGAAGGAUGAUUCAACAUUAUCUUAAUGUGGAUAUUAUUCUGAAUGGUUAUAUGGAACAGUGCCGCUAUCUUCACAUACCUGUAGGUAACAUGCCCAAAGAUGUUACCUUAUUUGGAUGUGAUCUAUUUUUUGCCCGCCAUCUACACAAACAUAACCAUGUCCUGUGGUGUUCCCCUACAGAGAGACCAGACCUCGGUGGUAAAGAAGCUGAUGAUAAUAGACUAUGUACAGAAUUGGAAGAGAGUACCAGUUGUGAAUUGAAUCAUCCUGGAGCUUUUCCUACAGUCUGUGUUGAGCUUGACAUUGCUAGUCUGGCUGUUAAUACUAUUAUAGAGUCUGCACACGUGAAUGACCAAGAAGGUGCCAGUGCUGUGAGUUUUGAUAUUUUACCACAGACGUCAUUGGAGGAAAUGGUCCAGGGACAAGGUGCUGCCACCUAUCUGGCUAGCUAUGAUGAAACGGCUUUGUGUUCAGCAACAUUCAGAAUUUUGAAAGGAAUGGUACAAGGUUGGGUGAGAGAUGUCACACAUUAUAACAAUGUAUUUGCUGACAAUCAGAUUAUACAUUUCUACAGGUGGCUGAGAUCCUCUGGUGCCAUGUUGUAUGAUCCAGCAUUGAGGAGGACAUUACACAAUAUGAUGAAGAAAGUCUUUAUGCAGUUAAUUGCUGAGUUCAAGAGGUUAGGGUCUACAAUAGUGUAUGCCAACUUCAACAGAAUGAUUCUAUGUACCAAGAAAAGAAGAUUAGUGGAUGCCUUAGGCUAUGUAGAAUACAUCACUAACAGCAUAAAAUCUAGAGAACUAUUCCAUCUGAUAGAUAUGACUUAUGAACAGUGUUGGGAAUAUCUUGUAUGGUUAGAUCAGGCAAACCAUGGAGGUAUAAAGGGAAAGUUGCCAUCAGAACAACCACUAGAACAGAGCCAGCCAGACCCUGAUAAAGAGGCCAUGAGGGAAGAUACUGAUACAGAGGAGGAUGACACAGAUAAACCUGACGAUGAGGUGGAGGUCCUUAACAAAUCUAAUGAAGAUGACGAGCCUGAGAUAGAAAUGAACUGGAACAUCAUGCAAUUUUUACCAGAAGCAGGUGCUUGUCAGACAAAUUUCAAUAUGAUUGUAGCAGGAUACAUACUGUCAAUAUAUAAUAACAUGCAGGAUGAACAGAGAAGAAUGACACCUGGGAAUACACCUGUCAAACGACGUCACAACAGUCAGUCACAGACACCUGUAGUUCCACCUGAUACCACACCAUCAUCAGUAUCAUUUGCUCAGGAUCUCAUUCAGGGAGAUUUAGCACAACAAAUGUUUGCAAUAACUCAGAAAAUCAAUAAGAAGUUAUCAGGAAGUAGAAACACAAUAGCUGCUGAAUUUCCCCAGCCACCAGGAUCACAUUUACAGCUCAAAAAUCCAGCACUAGAAUUUGUCAAAGCUAUAUGUAAGGUACUGUCAUUAGACAACAACAUAAACAUUCAGGUGACCAAGAUGAAAAGAGAUUUGUUGAAGCUGAUAGGACUUGGAGAGUUUUCAGAAGAAUCACAAUUUAAGGAUCCUUGUCUUUCCUACGUCCUUCCAGAGGUCAUCUGUAAACACUGUAACCAUGUCAGAGACCUUGACCUUUGUAGAGAUCCAUAUAUGAACAAAGAUGGAACUGGGUGUCCAUGGUCCUGUAUCCAGUGCCACAAUGUUUAUGAUAUAACAGAGAUAGAACAGAACUUAUUAGAUUCUAUACAUCGGAAGUCUAUGGGUUAUGUACUACAAGAUUUAAAGUGUACCAAGUGUCAAGGGGUUAAAGAGGACAACAUGGCCAAGUAUUGUACAUGUGCUGGGGAUUUUGUAAACUCUGUAGAUAUUGAUGAAUUUGCACAGAAACUGAGAACAUUCAAAGGAAUAGCAAGUCAUUACAACAUGAUAUUAUUACAAGAAACAGUAAAUUGGAUUAUGAAAAUGAACCCACAGAUCAAAAGCUGACAACAGAAGUGAUUGGAAAACUAUCAACACAUUAAGCUUUGAUAAGCUGAAAACAGAAAGGAUUGUAACACUAUCAACACAUUAAGCUUUGAUACGCUAAUGUUAAAAAAAGGAGUGGAAACACACAACUAUUCAAAUCAAUUCACAAAAUUCAUUGUACAUGUAGUUACAAAAAUAUUAAACUUAAAUAAAUUCAUAAAUGAAAUGAGUAAUAUAAUUGUGAAAUUGUUUUGUAACUGUAAAUUUAUUUGAUUGUUAUUUAUAUAUUUAAAUGUACAAAGCUUGAUUAUAGAGUAAAAUGAUGUCUAAACAUUUGUGUCU